UAUCUUUGACAUACAGAGCUAACAUUAAUGUAGCUAUGAGCUAAGCUACAAUGUUUGUUGUUAGCUCAGCAGGGGGAAGCGUUCACGUUUUCUGUACCCAGUUGUUAGCUUUAGCACCUGCAUUCUCAGUUUGUCCCAAAAGAAACGUUUUUCAGAGUAUUCAGUAUUCAGUUAUUCAGGUACUUUUAUUAAGUAUCAAGAGAUCACACCAGAAAUACUUCAUUAGAAGUAAAAGUCCUGCAUUCAAAACCUUACAAAGCGAUGUGACCCAGAGCUUGUGACACCAGGGAGCAACUGGACGAGAGGAAAUAAUGCUAAAACGUUAGAGGCACUUUCAAGGCAGAAUGUCCUCAGGCCACAGGCUGAGAGAUGUAGAGCAACAGCGCCCCCUGCUGGAUGAGAAGGAGCCGGUGGAGAGCUCCCUCAGCGAAGUUAAGCAACUGUGGUUCAUCCAGGACUGCUGUGGCAUGGUGUGUGCCAUCAUUACCUGGUUCCUGGUCUUCUUUGCCGACUUUGUGGUCACCUUUGUCAUGCUGCUGCCGUCCAGAAGCUUCUGGUACGCUGUGGUCAAUGGGGUGGUCUUCAACAGCCUGGCAGUGCUGGCACUGGCCUCCCACCUACGCACCAUGCUGACCGACCCGGGAGCCGUUCCGAAAGGAAAUGCCACUAAAAAAUACAUGGAAAGUCUGCAGCUGAAGCCGGGCGAAGUCAUCUACAAAUGUCCAAAAUGCUGCAGCAUCAAACCUGAGAGGGCUCAUCACUGCAGUAUCUGCAAGCGCUGCAUCCGCAAGAUGGACCACCACUGUCCCUGGGUCAACAACUGUGUCGGAGAGAAAAACCAGCGCUUCUUCGUCCUUUUCACCAUGUACAUCGCGGUGAUCUCCAGUCAUGCUCUGGCUCUGUGUGGAUACCAGUUCAUCACCUGCAUCAGGGUCCAGUGGAGAGAGUGCAGUGAUUUCUCUCCUCCUGUGACCAUGAUGUUGAUGAUCUUCCUCUGCAUGGAGGCCCUCCUCUUCCUCACCUUCACAGCUGUUAUGUUCAGCACUCAGCUGCACUCCAUCUGCAACGACGAGACGGAGAUCGAGCGCCUGAAGAACGAGAAGCCGACGUGGGAGCGUCAGACUCGCUGGGCCGGGCUGAGGUCGGUCUUUGGCGGACAGCCGUCACUGAUGUGGAUCAGCCCCUUUGCUGGACUCAAACUACCGAUCUUUGUCCCUAAACGCACCUGGAGGGGCGGGGCAGAGUUCUCAGUCUGACA